ACUAGAGCAUCUACUACAACAGCAGCUCAAACUUCAACUGAAGCAUCAACUGAAACGUCGACAGAAACUGUUGUUGAGACAUCAACUAGAGCAUCUACUACAACUGCAGCUCAAACUUCAACUGAAACUGAAACGUCGACAGAAACUGUUGUUGAGACAUCAACUAGAGCAUCUACUACAACAGCAGCUCAAACUUCAACUGAAGCUGACAUUUGUCAGCUCUUCGAGGACCAAUUCAGCGAGUGA